AUGACCACCCAACUGGAUCUCGAAAAACAAGGUUCUUACAACCUCGAAAACGAAAAUAAUGACCGCAUUCACCGCAUUACCACAUCAAGUCAUCAAGAUCAAGAGGUUUUACACAUUGGUGAUACCAAAGUUUAUAAGCAUGAACUCAUGGCUGCCUUUGGUGGUUCCCUGAAUGUUGGUCUUUCCGAAGCUCCCUCACGCAAGUUUGCUAACCCAGGUCCUCUUGGUCUUUCUGCUUUUGCCCUCACAACUCUUGUUCUUUCAUUGGUAAAUGUCCGUGCUCGUCAUAUUUCAGACCCUGCAGGUGUUGUUGGUCUUGCAUUCUUUUACGGUGGAUUUAUUCAACUUCUUGCAGGUAUGUGGGAAGUUGUUGUUGAAAACAAUUUCGGUGCAACUGCUCUAUCAUCUUAUGGAGGUUUCUGGCUUGCUUGGGGAGCUCUUGAAACUGAUGCUUUUGGUCUUCGUGCUGCAUAUGCAACUUCUAGAGAAUGGAAUGAUAUGGUGGGCUUUUUCUUAUUAGGUUGGCUCAUUUUUACUACCAUGUUACUGAUGCUUACUGUUAAGUCUACUGUUGCUUUCUUCUCAUUGUUUUUGUUCCUCGAUAUUACCUUUUUGUUCCUUGUCAUUGGACACUUGGGUCACACUGCUGUUUGCAACAAGAUUGGUGGUUACUUUGGAAUUAUUACUGCACUUCUUGCUUGGUACAAUGCUUAUGCUGGUCUAGCAACUCAUGAGAACUCUUACUUUGUUCCCAAGGUCAUUUACAUGCCUGGCACUGUUUUCCCCAAAUAA